AUGUACAAGGGAAAAGGGCUUCGAGAGACCUGCCGGCUCCUUGUUAAUUAUGGUGCCAAACGAGAUACCACGUCAACGGAGAACGUACUUCGAUGUGAAAUAAUAUGUUCGUCGAUGACUUCACAUAGGACCUGUUUUAUCACGGAGACUCGGUUUGGUGGCUGUUCAUUAAAAAGUCCAAAAGCGAUCAAAUCGGACACGGAACAACGUUGCAUUUUGAUGGAAUUACAGAUCACAAGAAUUAACCAAGAGUGGGAAAGCCUCAUCAAGGGACAAUGCGACAUGACAAAUUCAGAAAGAAACCGGGUUUGGAUCCGGAAAUGGAGGUCAAGUAAUUGA